AUGAUUAUGGAGUGCAACUCGCUCUGCGGUUGCAAUGGUAAGGGAUGUUGGAACCACGUCGUCCAGAAGGGAAGGACCGUUCAGCUACAAAUUUUUGACGCCGGAUCACGAGGUUUUGGCCUCCGUUCACCUGACCCGAUUGUUACCGGACAGUUUAUCGAUCGUUACCUUGGCGAAGUUAUCACUAAGGACGAGGCCGAUGACCGUGAGAACCUUACUGAAGGGUCCCACAACCAGUCAUACCUCUUCUCGUUGGACUGGUAUGUCGACGACGAUGACAGCGAGGAACAAAUGAAUGUCAUUGAUGGGCGCAAGUUUGGAUCGGUUACUCGCUUCAUCAACCAUUCUUGCAACCCCAACUGCAAGAUUAUUCCGGUGCAGACUACCUCCCACGCUGAUAACAAAGUGUACACCCUUGCAUUUUUCGCCCUUCGGGACAUUCCCGCCGGCACCGAACUAACCUUCGAUUACAACCCGGUGUCCGAGGAGAGCGACGACAGUGACGACAGUGAUAAUAGUUCCAAGGACAACAUGGGACGGAAGAAGCUGGAACCUGAGGCGGUCCGGUGCCUCUGUGGAGAGACUAACUGCCGCGGGCAGCUCUGGCCUAACAAACGCAAAAGCCAAAACACCAAGCCUUAAGGGGAUCAUGCCCCCAAACUGCCUAUUGUCUCGCGAUAUUCCAUUCUCGCAUUCUCGGCGUUAAGCGACUCGGUUUCUUUUUCUCACGAUACAUAGCAUUGAAUGACCCUGAUGAUCAGAAUACUGUACGAAUAGCAUUACUUGUCUGAUAAGGUAUCUAUGG